AGACCACACAUUCACAAUCACCUGUAGUGCAGGUCAAAUAAUCAGACGUGCACCCGACGAAUGGAAUGCCCCAAGGAAAGAUUCCCCUUUCCAAUCAAAUGUUACAAGCUGUGCAAUAAACUCUUUAAUCCCUGUUCAUGGUAAAAUGGAUCGGUUGGGACAAUGCUUGGACCAAAUUAACCCAAUUUUCAACCGCAACAUUAGUCUGGAUUAUGUUGAGCCUUCAAAUUUUGUUGAUCCCUUAUCCAUCCAAUAUAGUAAAGGUAAAAAACUUAGCUAUGCUGCCUAAAGUUAUUGAAAAGGAAGGGCAUCUUAUGCUCCAAUCUAGGCCCCAGGGACGUUACAUUUCUGAUAUUACGGAGCCAUCUGAUAUUGAAAAGGAAGACUAUCUUAUUGUCCAACCGAUGCCACAGGGAAGUUACAUUUCUGAUGAUGGUGGCUCAUUGGAAGCUCUUGCAAGUUCGAUGAUGGAUCGGGGCCAUGAUAAACGGAGACCAGCACACCGUCGAUUUUGUAUGCAAUGAUUAUUCUCUUGGGGAUUGCAUCUGAGAUUAGAAUGUAACCAGCAGAAGAAGGAUUUUGCCUCUUGAGACUGAUA